AUGUCGUGGCUUAAAUACCUCAAUCUUGGAGAUUUUAACUCUAUAGUGCCUCAUUGGAUUGGUAGUCUUGAAACUUCGGUGCAUUUAGAUUUAAGUGAUUGCAGAUUGUAUAAUCAACUUCCACUUGACUGGCAAAUUGUGACAGGACUCAAAUUUCUGAACUUACUUUCAAACAAUCUUAAUUUCAACUUUUUUCUGACUGGUUUAGUAGCUUUAGUCAUCUUUGGGUACAUUCAAGGUGAAGUCUACUACAAUAGGCAAUUUAACGUCUUUGGGCCCAUUUUCCAAAAGGAAGUGGAUCCCCUCCAAAAAGAGGCGUAUGCUGCUUGUAGUGUGGAGAGCAUACGGAUCGAUAGCCCUUCGCCCUGGUGUGGUGGAAGAAAUGCGGUCAGAUUCAGAAUCCCCAAUGUAUUGCCUUCUUACCUUCGCUCCAAGGUUAUAACAUAUGCUCUUAGUUGCCAGGUACAAACGAAGCGAAGUGAAGUCAAGAAGAAGUUGAUCAAACGAAGACUCCAGGCCACUGAUAUCCUUAUGAAAGAGUUCAUCAAGUACAGAGUAAUGAACACUGAUAUCCUUAUGCAUCAAAGAGCAGGGAAUUGGGCAGGGGCCGCGCGAACGCAGGCCCCCACGACCACAAAUUAUGACGUAGGCUCGACCACUUGGGCCGACCUUAGGCGGGCGCCCCUCCCAAGUGCAAUGGAAGUCGCCAACCUAGGCCAUGGGCCUUCUUGA